AAAAGAGUUUAAGAAACACUGCUUUACAGCAAGCCAAAAAUGCAAUUUCAUUUAUCUGAAGCAUAGUAUAAAUCUUAGCAGGUAAAUAAGAACAGCCUGUGCUCUGUUUGAAAGAUACAUUCUUGUUGGGUUAAAAUAAGGAAUGCUGCCUUAAUUUCCAGGAAGAAGAAUGGAGGUAAAUGCAAUAAAUAGCUUCUUUCUUAAACUUGGCAGGGUCGAAUCUGACUGCUAGACUGGCGGUUAUGUCAUUUUGCAGAAGAGGCAUGAGCAUCCUUCAGGGCAAAGAGGAUAUUUUCGCAGACUGUCAGCAGAAAUUCUGGAAUACGUAUAAGACGGGGUUGAUGUACUGGCCUUUUGUCCAGCUUUCCAACUUCAGCCUUGUUCCAGUGUACCUGAGGACAGCAUUUACAGGAUUUUGUGGCUUCCUUUGGGCCAUUUUCCUUUGCUUUUCACAACAAAGUGGGGAUGGAACCGCAAGUUCAGCUUUUCGGCUGCUCCGAGGGGAGAAGGUGGAUGUAGGCAAGACACCACCAUGGAAGUAAACCAUCAACAGAACAAAGAUUCCUUCCUUGUUUGAAGCAGCCACUGGACAGUAGGAGAGCAACCUCCUUUACUGUAAAAAAAAGGAAAGUCCACCUCGAUUUGAACGUGAGUCCUGGUGACUACUGGGAUGUGUUCAUUUUGGUUUCUUGGAAUCCAGAGGGACAUGUGCAAAUCAGGCUAAAACGGGACAUCUGUGACUGUUGAUCCAACGUUUCCUCUGUGCUAACAUGAAUCUAGUCAUGGUGGCCCUGUUUGCAAGGCAUAUUUAACUGAGUCUUGAGGAAGUGGGUCAAUGAGGCAAGUGAAGGCCAACACUGAGUUGAUGGAGCUAAAAUUAACCUCUAAAGGGUUAGGGUUAGCCCCAGACAAAUCCAGAUUGGGGCUAAACCAACUCCCCUGAUCAAGUAACUUUGUGUACUAUGUAAAGUACUUAUGAGAAAAUGUGUUGCCCUGUCUGAAAUCUGUGAUUGAAACAAAGUCCUAGAGGGGUCCGGCAAAAAUGGGGCUUCUCUAGGCCCUUUGUUUCGGUGACAUUUUAGUUUUCUUCUUCUCUCAAGACCAUAGAGAGAGGCAAAAAAGGGAUAGAUAUGUGGGUACUCCCCGAAGCUACUUAUGAUGAUAUUGUUGUACCACUGUGGAUUUCUCCAGUUGGACUACAGUGGAAGGGGAAGAAAUCAAUAUCUUCUUUGCAAUGGAUGGGAAGAUGAAAAAUAUCAUCAAUCGUUGUCAAAUCAUUGCCAGUGCAUAAAGGUGACUUGGUUGACUAGGAGAGAUUGCCAUUGAAUCAGCCAUGUUGUGUGAAUGGGACCACUGGGUGCUUAGUUGUAUUUACAAUAAGCCAUCAUUAAGACAGUGUAAACAAACUGGGUUGGUUUGCCCCUCCUUUGUGAUGCAGGGUUGGGGAACCUCAUGGCCCUCCCAAUGUUGAACUACAACUCCCAGCAUCCCUAUGGGCCAAGCUGGCUAAAGCUGCUGGGAACUAUAGUUUAGCAACUUUUUGUGGGCCAUAGAUCUUCUGCUUCAUCUUAGGUGUGACGUGUAAACUUAUUUAAUAACAAGAUUGUUUAAAAGCUAUUCUUGUGGCUCUUCACACCCAAAGAAGCCUCUAUUGUGAGUCAGCUUUUAAACUAGGUUAUCAGCUUGGAAAUCUUGGCUUGUGGGCAUGUUAAAUGAAGAACUGGGUUCCUGCAUAAUUGAUUUAGUUGUAUCAACCCAGCCCAUUAUAGUUCUUUUCACUAACCCAUGGUUAAGCCAACCAUAACUUGGAAGAAUGCAUGAACUAAGAUGAUCUUCUUCCAUUUCUAGAGUUGUACCCUUGGUUUUGUUGUACACUUUGUUGUAUAACAAUUGUACACUUUGCAAGUUGUACACUUUGCAACAUUGAUCCACCCUAAUGGACGAGUGCCUGUAUGAUGGCAUGCCAGCCACGAUGAGUUACUAGCUGGCAAAGAAUGUUCUCCUUUCUUUUGAUUGCAACCUGCAAAUGAGGGAAGCCUUUGAGAACAUCUGCUGGGGCCUCCUGUGAUCCCACCAGAAGCUGUGGGAUUACUGGUGUGACCCUAAGUGAUUGCACAGUUCUUGAUUUACUCUUAUUCUGCCACUGGAUUGGUCCUCUUUGAUUUAGGGCCAGUAAAACAUUGAACACGUUGUCUUUUUCUUAGCCCGAGCAGCCAGAAGGUUUGAGAAGUGAAGAAAUUGGAGACCUGGAAUCAACAGCCUUCUUUUUUUAAAUAAAAACAGUAACGCAUGUUCCACUUUGCAAUGUAUGGUAAGCUCUUCCUGAUAGUUGUUUAGCUGUGGUAGUCCCUGUUCUGAAGUCUUGUCUUUACUGGCCAGAAAUUGCUUUACUCGGUAAGUAAAGAGGUUUGGGGCAGUUUUGCUCUGCAAAACAGCUCUGGAGAUGUUUUCCGCUAGGAAGGUCUGGUCUUUUAAUUGGUAAAAUAGAAACUGAGCAGGGUGGAUUUGAAGACACUCAGUAAAAUCUUAAGUUUCAGUCUCAGUCAUUGUAUCAAAAAUUCAGUUCCAGAUUCAGACUUUGGCAUUGCUGGAGGAAGGAAGGAAGGAAGGAAGGAAGGAAGGAAGGAAGGAAGGAAGGAAGGAAGGA